GUGACUUUGGUGGAGUCCUGCGAACAGGAUUACGUGUCAUGAACUUAAAAGACAUAUAUUCUAUCCUUUUCUUUUUUACUUUCCCUUUUUUUUUUCUUUUUCUUAUCAAAAUAAUAUAAUCACAUAAUGACCAGUGACCACAAACAUAAGCUGAUUCCAAACUCUGAGGUUCCAGAUCAACCUGAGGUCGAUCCUAGCCAUGAUCCCGCCACUGCCAUUUUACGUCGUAAAGCUGCACCCAACAAGCUGAUGGUAGACGAUGCUACCAAUGAUGACAACUCUGUGAUCACUCUCUCAGCUGCCACAAUGGAAAAACUUCAACUGUUUAGAGGUGACACCGUUAUUGUAAAAGGAAAGAAGAGAAGAGACACUGUACUCAUUGUCUUGGCUGAUGAUGAUAUGGAAGAUAACAAGGCUAGAAUUAACAAAGUUGUCCGUAACAACUUGCGUGUUCGCCUUGGUGAUGUGAUCACACUUCAUCCUUGUCCUGAUAUCAAAUACGGUAAGCGUAUUCACGUCUUACCUAUCGAUGAUACCGUUGAAGGCUUAAGUGGUAAUCUAUUUGAUACCUUCUUGAAGCCCUAUUUCUUGGAAGCAUACAGACCAGUUCGCAAGGGAGAUACUUUCCUUGUCCGUGGUGGUAUGAGAGCAGUCGAAUUCAAGGUUGUCGAAACAGACCCUGAGCCUUACUGUAUUGUUGCACAAGAUACAGUUAUUCAUUGCGAAGGUGAUCCUAUCAAGCGUGAAGACGAAGAACAGAGCUUGAAUGAAGUUGGUUAUGACGAUAUCGGUGGUGUCCGUAAACAAAUGGCACAAAUCCGUGAAUUGGUUGAACUCCCUCUUCGUCACCCUCAAUUGUUCAAGUCUAUCGGUAUUAAGCCUCCCCGUGGUAUCCUCAUGUUCGGUCCUCCUGGUACAGGUAAAACCUUGAUUGCUCGUGCCGUAGCCAAUGAAACUGGUGCUUUCUUCUUCUUAAUCAACGGUCCUGAAAUCAUGUCCAAGAUGGCUGGUGAAUCUGAAAGCAAUUUACGUAAAGCAUUUGAAGAAGCAGAAAAGAAUGCCCCCUCUAUCAUCUUUAUUGAUGAAAUUGAUGCUAUUGCUCCCAAGCGUGAAAAGACCAAUGGUGAAGUCGAACGUCGUGUCGUGUCACAAUUGCUCACCUUGAUGGACGGUAUGAAGGCCCGUUCUAACGUCGUUGUAAUCGCUGCUACCAACAGACCCAACUCUAUUGAUCCUGCUCUUCGUCGUUUCGGACGUUUCGAUCGUGAAGUCGACAUCGGUAUUCCUGACCCCACUGGUCGUCUUGAAAUUCUCCGUAUUCAUACCAAGAACAUGAAACUAGACGAUGACGUUGAUUUGGAACAAAUCGCUUCUGAGACACACGGUUAUGUGGGGGCUGAUCUUGCUUCUCUUUGCUCUGAAGCUGCCAUGCAACAGAUUCGUGAAAAGAUGGAUCUCAUUGACUUGGAAGAAGAAACGAUUGAUACCGAAGUAUUGGACUCUUUGGCUGUGACUAUGGAGAACUUCCGUUAUGCCUUGGGUGUCUCUAAUCCUUCUGCUCUUCGUGAAACCGUGGUUGAAGUUCCUACUGUCAAGUGGGACGACAUUGGUGGUCUCGAAAAUGUCAAACAAGAAUUACAAGAGACUGUACAGUACCCUGUAGAACAUCCCGAAAAGUUCUUAAAGUUUGGUAUGAAUCCCUCCAAGGGUGUCUUGUUCUAUGGUCCCCCUGGUACCGGUAAAACCUUGUUGGCUAAGGCUAUUGCCAAUGAAUGCCAGGCCAAUUUCAUCUCUAUCAAGGGUCCUGAACUCUUGACCAUGUGGUUUGGUGAGUCUGAAGCCAAUGUGCGUGAUGUGUUUGAUAAAGCUCGUGCUGCUGCACCCUGUGUGAUGUUCUUUGAUGAAUUAGAUUCAAUCGCCAAGGCCCGUGGUGGCUCUGUUGGUGAUGCUGGAGGUGCUGGUGACCGUGUGCUCAACCAAAUCUUGACAGAAAUGGAUGGUAUGAAUGCAAAGAAGAACGUGUUUGUCAUUGGUGCCACCAACAGACCUGAUCAAAUUGACCCUGCCUUAUUGCGUCCUGGUCGUCUUGAUCAAUUGAUCUAUAUUCCUCUUCCUGAUGAGAACUCACGUUUGUCUAUCUUGAAGGCUACUUUACGUAAAUCACCUGUUGCACCUGACGUUGACUUGAACGUUAUUGCCAAGCAUACUCAAGGUUUCUCUGGUGCUGAUCUUGCUGAAAUUUGUCAAAGAGCCGCCAAAUUGGCCAUUCGUGAAGAUAUCGAAAAGGAUAUUGCUAAAGAAAGAGCUCGUAAGGCUAGAGAAGAAGCUGGUGAAGAUGUUGGUAUGGAAGAGGAAGAAGAAGAAGAGAGCCCUGGUUUGAUUACUCGUGCUCAUUUUGAAGAAGCCAUGCGCUUUGCUCGUCGAUCAGUGAGCGAUGCAGACAUCCGUCGUUAUGAAGUCUUUGCUCAAAAUCUUCAACAACAACGUGGUUUUGGAACAUUCAAAUUCCCUGAAGGUUCAUCUAGUGGUGGACAAGCCAUGGAUGGUGUCAACACUGAAAGCGGUUUUGGCCAAGAAGGUGGAGAUGAUGACCUGUACGCAUAAUCUGUAUACACAAAUAACAAACGCACAUAUAUUCUACACAUAAAACAUAUAUAGCUUCAAAUCUCUUCCCCCCCCCCCCCUUUCUUCUUUUUUUUGGUAAUAAAAAUGUUGAAUACUAUACACAUUGUUGCAAG